AUGAGGACACAUAGUUCACAUCAACAAACUCCAACAGGGGAGAAACCAUUUAAAGGUAUGGAGUGUGGGAAACGUUUCACUGAUAGUGGAAAACUUAGAACAAAUCAGCGGACUCACAAGGGCAAGAAAGGAUUCCAAUGCAGGGAGUGUGGGAAGAACUUCAGUCAAAAUGGACACUUACGUUUACAUCAACAGAUUCACAAAGGUGAAAAACCUUUUAAAUGUCUGGAGUGCGGAAAGAGCUUCAGUUUCAAUGUAAGCCUUAGAAGACACCAACAGAUUCACAUGGGGGAGAAACCAUUUAAAUGUAUGGAGUGUGGAAAGAGCUUCUAUCGGAGUGAUACACUUAGAAUACAUCAAUUGACCCACACAGGGGAGAAACCAUAUAAAUGUAUGGCGUGUGGAAAGAGCUUUAGUGAUAAUGGAAAGCUUAGAAUACAUCAACGGACUCACACAGGGGAGAAACCAUUUAAAUGUAUGGAGUGUGGAAAGAGCUUCAGUCAGAAUGGACACCUUAGAAAACAUCAAUGGGCUCACAUGGGGAAGAAACCAUUUAACUGCCUGGAGUGCGGAAAGUGCUUCAGUCAGAAUGGAGACCUUAAAUUACACCAGCGGAUUCACACAGGGGAGAAACCAUUUAAAUGUAUGGAGUGUGAGAAGAGCUUCAGUCAGAAUGGACACCUUAGAAAACAUCAACAGACUCACACAGGGGAGAAACCAUUUAACUGCCUGGAGUGCGGAAAGAGCUUCAGUCAGAGUGGAAGCCUUAGAACACAUCAACGGACUCACACAGGGGAGAAACCAUUUAAAUGUCUGGAGUGUGGAAAGAGCUUCAGUCAGAGCGGAGGCCUUAGAACACAUCAACGGACUCACACAGGGGAGAAACCAAUUAAAUGCCUGGAGUGUGGAAAGAGCUUUAAUGAUAAUGGAGGCCUUAGAACGCAUCAACGGACUCACACAGGGGAGAAACCAUUUAACUGCCUGGAGUGCGGAAAGUGCUUCAGUCAGAGUGGACACCUCAAUAUACAUAAACAGAUUCACACAGGGGAGAAACCAUUUAAAUGCCUGGAGUGCGGAAAGAGCUUCCCUAACAGUGGAUAUCUCAAUAUACAUAAACAGAUUCACACAGGGGAGAAACCAUUUAAAUGUUUGGAGUGCGGAAAGAGCUUCAAUUUCAAUGGAAACUUUAGAGAACAUCAACGGACUCACACAGGGGAGAAACCAUUUAAAUGCCAGGAAUGCGGAAAGUGCUUCAGUCAGAAUGGAGACCUUAGAAAACAUAAACGGACUCACACAGGGGAGAAACCAUAUAAAUGUAUGGAGUGCGGAAAGAGCUUCAGUUUCGAUGGAAACCUUAGAACACAUCAACGGACUCACACAGGGGAGAAACCAUGUAAAUGCAUGGAGUGCGGAAAGAGCUUCAUUCAGAAUGGAGACCUUAGAAAACAUCAACGGACUCACACAGGGGAGAAACCAUAUAAAUGUAUGGAGUGUGGAAAGAGCUUCAGUCAGAAUGGAGACCUUAGAAAACAUCAACGGACUCACACAGGUGAGAAACCAUUUAAAUGCAUGGAGUGUGGAAAGUGCUUCAAUCAGAGUGGACACCUCCGUAUACAUCAACGGACUCACAAAGGGGAGAAACCAUUUAAAUGCAUGGAGUGUGGAAAGAGCUUCAGGCAGAGUGCACACCUUAGAGUACAUCGGCAGACACACAGGGGAGAAACUGUUUAA